GAAGCCAUUAUUAUCUCAGGAACUGAAAUGGCCAAACAAAUCCAGAAAGAAAUACAGCAAAGUGUGGAAUCAUGGAUUUCCCUUGGGAACAGAAGACCUCACCUCAGUAUCAUUUUAGUGGGAGAUAACCCAGCAAGCCAUACAUAUGUCAGGAAUAAGAUAAGAGCUGCCUCUGCUGUAGGUAUCUGUACUGAGCUCAUUCUAAAACCUAAGGAUGUUUCUCAGGAAGAACUUUUGGAUAUAACUGGUCAAUUGAACAUGGACCCAAGAGUCAGUGGUAUAUUAGUUCAGUUACCACUGCCAGACCACGUCGAUGAGCGAACAAUAUGCAAUGGAAUUACCCCAGAAAAAGAUGUAGACGGAUUUCAUAUUUUCAAUAUUGGAAGGCUAUGCCUUGAUCAGCAUUCUCUUAUACCUGCCACUGCCAGUGCUGUUUGGGAAAUAAUAAAAAGAACAGGAAUUGAAACAUUUGGGAAAAACGUCGUUGUGGCUGGAAGAUCCAAGAAUGUAGGGAUGCCCAUUGCCAUGCUUUUACACACUGAUGGAGAGCAUGAACGGCCGGGAGGUGAUGCAACUGUGACAAUAGCUCACAGAUAUACCCCCAAAGAACAAUUGAAGACCCAUACUCAGCUGGCAGAUAUUAUCAUAGUAGCUACAGGUAUUCCGAAGUUGAUUACAUCUGAUAUGGUUAGAGAAGGUGCUGCUGUAAUUGAUGUGGGGAUCAACUACAUCCACAAUCCAGUGACAGGAAAGACAAAAUUAGUUGGAGAUGUUGACUUUGAAGCUGUUAAGAAGAAAGCUAGCUUUAUCACUCCAGUUCCAGGAGGCGUGGGACCCAUGACAGUGGCAAUGCUUCUGAAGAACACCCUUUUGGCAGCUAAAAAAAUCAUUUACUAGAUCAUGUGAAAGAAUAAAACAAACUGAAGUCAUGCUAUUUAUUUAUUUGACAAAGGGCAAAAACCUUUAGAUUUUACUACAAAUCUAUUUAUUCUACAUUGUAUUUAUUUUUUCACAGACAGAAUCAUGUGGAUCAAUGAUUCACACAACUUUACACAUUUCCUGCUAAUGAGUUUUGAGUUUCAAAAAAACAAAAACAGUUUCAAUCAAAACAGUUUCAAGCAAAAUUUUGGUAAUAAUUCUUUACUUUGUGUAUAUUUGUUCAUAAUGCUAAAACAAUAAAGGACUCACAAUAAAUAUAUUUUUGACACAAUUAAAUAUCACACACAGUGUUUUCAACAAAUGUUUUGUCAGCCAAAUGCGCACCCAUGUAAAAUGUAAUUUAGGUUUCAUAGUAAGUGUGCUCAAUGUUUAAUAUAUUUUGUGUUCUAUGUCACAUGAAGAAAAAGAGCUUACUCACUAAAAGAGAGAUGGAAUAUUGAAAAUAAAAUCUUGAUCUCAGAUAUUUGCCAAAUGUAUCCUACAUGACCAUUCUAAAGAGAAAUGAUAUUUUAUUACAGGAAAGAAAAAUAUUCAAAGAAGGCAAAAAAUGCAACGCUCCUUGGAAAAGUGAUGAUUAUAUCAUAUUGUGAAUGACUCCUUGACAUGGUAAAAAUAUAUAAGGAAUGUGUUCAAUUUACAUGUUAUUUCUUUUUUCUUCUAAAAAAAAUUUGGAUAGUACCUUCACUGAGCAAUAAUAAAAAAAAUCCAAAAAAUAAAUAUACAAAAUAAAACUAGGAUUGUAUUUUCCCACAAAUAUCAGACAAAUAUAGGAUGAGCAAAGUCAUGAUGAAAGAAAAGCAACUGUUAACAUUUGUUCACAAAUUUAGAAAUCUAAUAGGAAAACAUGAUACUUUCAAUAUGCCAAAACUAAACCUUAGUAUACAACUAAAAAUCCACUGCUUUGUUGCCCACAGUUCUUUCCUCUUCUGUUAAUGGCAUAUGGUUCUCAAUGUAGAUGCAAUGUUUCUAACACAAUUUAAAUUAGGAAAUACAUGUGAAUGUCAGUUGAAGGCUCUUUUUAGACUGCUGGAGCCACAUAAGUGACAUUGUGUUUUAUGCUCAAAUCCCAGGGUGUUUAUGUAUGUACCAGUAAUGAUUCUUACCCAAUGCAUGUCUUUAUCAGUGUGUACUCUUGAUCAUUUGUGUGAAAAUAGACUAGAUGUUUAUAAUAACAUUUCAACUGGAUAAUAAAAGCAAUUUAAAGAAGAA